AUGAAUGAUGUGUUGCCCUCAAAGACAUCCGCCGAGCAGACAUUACCAAUCGAAUCGAGAAAUGCCUCUUCAUCAUCCCGUCCAAAGAGGGCAUACAAGUGUUUGCCAGAAACCGAAUCAAGCGAGGCAACAACACAAGUCUAUCGUUCAAUAAAAUGCCGUAAGGAAGGAAGAAUGUCCCAUCGAACUCCUCCUGACCCAUCCUUACAGGAUCAACACCGCAUCGAUCAACUCAUGGAUGCAGCUGAGUAUGCCGACUCGAAAGGAAUGUAUACACACUCGGUUCAAAAAUAUCUACAAUUGCUACAGUUAUAUUCCGAAGAGAUAUCCAGAUGUGAGAGCAAGAAUGGUGCGACCAAUAGAGGUCCCCAUACGGGAUGGAUUCUUUCGUGUUUCAAUCUAACACGAUGCUACCUGAAGCUGAAGCGUCCGCAAGCGGCCUCUGACAUCCUUCAACAAGCUUGGCGCCCAGACUCAAGCCUGGCCAUACCUGCCACCCAUCCAAAGUACCUAGAACUAUCCCAAUUGUAUUUCGAGGUUGAAGAUAAUUUAGAAAGCAGUUCGAACUCGGAGGCAUGCGAGUCUAAACCGGACACCCCUGACAACGAAGUCACCACCACCAAUGACAUCUUGGAACUGGUGUAUAUGUGGGCGCAGGAUUUUUUAUGUCGAGAAAAAUCACAAGAUGCAAUUUCGCUCUUAGAAGGGGGGCGCAAAAGAAUAGCAGAAGAACGGAAGGUUAUUGUCAAAAACUUGAAGGAACAAAUUGUACGAAUUCAUCUACUCCUUGUCGAGGCGUAUUUGCACAUUGGCCAUCUGGAUGAGGGCAAAGGAGUGCUAGAUCAACUUUGGACUCCUGAGAGCCAGUUCUACAUUGACACUCUUGAUAAGAAUUUUCUUUGGAUUUCACAGCUUUAUAGGCGCGUCAGUAAUAAACAGCAGUGUGACCCCACAUCCUGCAGCCAUCAAGCCCAAAAACAAAGGCAAAGGACGCUUUAUGAGCAGCUGGCUCUUACCCCAAUGGCAAAUUCAGCACAGAUCAAAAGUCGCUGGAAGUCGUGCAUGUUAUAUUUUCAUCCAGACAAAGGUGGACACACCGGGGUAGCACAACAGGCAGGUUCAUCUCAGGCUUACAUCUAG